AUGUCCGUCAGCGCCGUUGCCGCCGCCGGCACGGCCCUGGCGCUGUAUUACUAUGGGCGGCGCGGGGGGGUGUGCUCGGGCUCUGGGGAGCCCGUGGAAACCCACGUUGGUCUGGUGCAGGCUCCCACGUCUUUCAUGGACGACCUGUUCUUCCUGGCAGAGGGAUUGAGGUGGGUGGUGGUCUCGCACCGCGUGGAUCGCGGCGGCAGCUGCACGUGCCGAGAGGAGCUGCUGUCACCGUGCCGAGAGGAGCAGCGUCGCGCCGGGCUGGCGUGCCUCGGCCGGCACCCCGCCGCUGCCACCGCCCAGGCGGCGGGUGCGCCGGCGCCUGCCGCCUGCCGCCUGCCCAGCGUGCCCCAGGCUGGCUCUUGUGUGGCGCCUCUGCAGGACCCAGAGGAGCAUCCGGUGGCAGACAUUGCACAGCUGGGGCGGCCCUUUGGGCGCGGCCUGGCGCCCCAGCAGUGGCCAGAGGCGCUGGCCCAGCUGCGGGAGCUGGACCGAUUCUUCCGGUACUGCUCCGGCCUGAGGGAGCGCCGGCCGCUGCCGCAGCGCCAGUACUUCCGUACCGUACUGGACGUCACGGAUGAGGAUCUACUGAUGCAGGAGCUGCGGGCGGGGGUGCUCAAGCCAAGCUUUGUGCUGGUCAGGGACCGCCAGCUCAAGGCUGUGGUGCUGGCCAUCCGCGGCACGCACAGCUUCAAGGACAUGUUCACCUCGCUGACGGGCGCCUCCAAGCCGCACCACCUAGUGGAUGCCAACGGAGUGGUGCUGGGCUACAGCCACUUUGGCAUGCUGGCGGCGGCGCGGUGGAUCAAGGGCCAGACGCGGCAGCGCAUGGAGCAGGCACUGGCAGAAAACCCGGGCUACCGCCUGAGCAUCAUCGGCCAUUCGCUGGGCGGCGGCACCGCGGCGCUGCUCACCAUGAUGCUGCGGGAGGCGGGAGGCCCGUUUGCGGGGGUGACCUGCAUCGCUGUCGCCUGCCCCUCCUGCAUGACGCUGGAACUGGCGCAGAGCUGCUCAGACUAUGUGACCACCGUCGUGCACAACGCCGACGUCAUCCCCACCAUCUGCCCAGGGUCGGCCGACGCGCUGCGGGAGGAGGUGAUGCGCAGGUGGGUGCGGGCGGUGGCGGUACUGCUGUACUUCUGGUACCGCUGCUCCUGGUUUGGCGAGUUCCGCCGCGAUGUGCGCUCCUCGGGCAUCGUGCGCGCGGUGGAGUGCGGCAUUCGCGGCGUGGGCUCCGCCACCCUCACCGCGACCAGCUGGACCACCAGCAAGCUGGCGGCCUGCUAUCAACGCGGCUCGUUUGCCGGCGCCAGCCGGCGGCGGCAGCCGCUCAAGCGGCGGAACAGCGACGACAGCCUGGCGGCCACGGCGGCGGCCGAGCAGCCUGCCGCCGCUUCGGCUCCGGCCCUGGCUGGAGGCGGCUGCGACGCGGAGGCGUCUUCCUCGGCGUUGCCCGUGUCCACUUCGGUGCCAGCCAGCAGCAGCCAGAACCUGUUGACCGCUGCAGGGGAGGACGGGGAGGCUGCAGGCCGCUCCGGUGGCAGCCAGGGGCAGUGGGCUGCCGCCUGGAGCCAGCGGGUGAGCCAGCAGCUCAGCGGGCGCAGCGCGGCGGUGCUGAGCAGCACCAGCCAGGUCCUGCGCAACACCAGCGGCGUGCUGCGCUCCACCAGCGGCCUGCUGCUGCGCCGCAUGUGGCCCGGCGGCGAGGCAGAGCCCGCCGCCGGCGGCCAGGCAGCCGCGCCCGACGGCGGCGGCAGGGACUCCUCGCCCAGCAACACCCCGGCAGGCAUCGGCUCCGGCGGCCCCUUUGCGGGAGCGGCUGCUGAUGUGGCGCCUGGGCCGAUGGAGAUAGAUGAGGAGGAGGACAGCUAUGAGGAGGUGGAGGCGGAGGCGGAGGAGGCAUUUCUGCUGGAGGCGGAGGCGGCGGCGGAGGCGGCGGGUGGGGGCCCGCAGGGGCGCAUGAGCUACCAGGAGCGGCGGCAGAUGCGUGUGCAGCUGCAGAUGGACCGCAGCGGCAGCCUGGAGGAGGAGGUGAGCCUGCGGAUGCACGAGGUGCAGCAGGCGGUGCAGGAUGCGGAGGAGGAGGAGGAGGCGAUGGGCCGCGACGACAGCACGGUGCCCGCCGUCAUCCGUCCGGGCGGGUACGGCAUCGGCGGCGCCAGCUCGUCGCCCCGCAUCUCCCCCAGCAAGCGGGACCCUCAGUGGAAGCGGCACAUGUACCCAGCAGGCCGCAUUCUGCACCUUGUGCCCGCCCGGCUGGUCCCCGGCACCGCCGCCCACGCCGCCGCAGAGGCGGCGGCGGCUCGGGAGGCCAAGCUGGCGGCCGCUGCGGCGGAGGCAGCCGAGCACGAGCAGCGCGCCUGUGCAGCAGCAGCGGCGGCGGCGGGAGGAGCGGGAGGGGACGGGCAAGGUCCCGCGGCAGCAGCAGGCGCGGCCGGCGGCGGCGGCGUUGCGCCAGACGGCGGCGCCGCCUCUGGCCCCGCUGCCCCCAAGCACGCCUCCAAGCUGAGCGUGAGUGACCUCAUUGCCGGCGACGGGCUGCUAGGGCAGCGCAGCGGCGCCAUCUGGCCAGACGACGGCAGCAGCGGCGGGGGGCAGCAGGAGGGCGCGGCGCCGCCGCCCGCGGGGCCGCAGCAGCCGGGUCAGCAGCAGCAGCAGCAGCAGCAGCAGCAGCAACCGCAAGAGGAAAUGCUGCUUCUGGACUGCGUGCCCCAGGAGGGCUAUGCUCGGAUCAAGCUCUGCCGUACCGUUCUGUCAGACCACAUCAUCCCCAACUACCUGCGCUCAUUGGAAAGCGCGCUAGAGCACAUCCAGGAGCACGCCCUGGUGGUGGCGCCCGCACCCGGAGGAAGAGCCGGGGCAGGCGACGCGGCGGCGGCAGCGGCGGCGGCGGCAGCACAGGCGGAGGACGGAGCAGCGGCAGCGGCAGCGGCGCCGCCGCAGCAGCCGCCCUCGCUGGCGCACCCUGCGGUGCCUGGCGGCAGCCCUGUGGCGGCGGCGGCGGCGGCGGCGCUGCGCGGCGCGGCUGCCAGGUCGUCGUUUGCACGCGGAGGCAAGCUGGACUGA